UUCACUCUAUGGUUACGUGCUUGUACGUCAGUCUGACAAUCCUUCACCUCCUCCUGUCUUCCGAGGAUUUCCGUAGACAUAGUGGGAAAUAAUACUGUGGUCUUCGAUAAAAUGGCUACCGCCUUGAUCACCACACAGUUAAUGUAAAAGCCGGAUGUUACCGAACGUGUCGUGGACAGUUCGGCCUCUAGUGACGGGCGUGCUCCAUACGCUACGGACACAUACGGUGACGUUGGCUGCCGUGUCAGAGUGGCGGCGCCAGCGUGGUAAAGGAAGAAGAUGUGCAGGUGGUGAGGGCACGAGAGCCUAGUAAGCGGCGACCGCCAUGGCCCGGCACCGCAAUGUGCGCGGGUACAACUAUGAUGAGGAUUUCGAAGAUGAUGACAUGUAUGGACACUCGGUAGAGGAUGACUAUGGUGUCUCACCAGCAACAGCUGCUCAAUUCAUAUAUUCUAAACGGCACAGACAUGCCAGCUGUACAGAGCCCCUGGAAGAGGAAGAUGAUGAAUAUGAACAGGAUGACAAAUCCAAAGCCUCUUGUCCCGCCCUAAGUUCUUUAGAUCAAGCUCGUAUGUAUUCAUGCCUUGAUCAAAUGAGAGAAGUCCUUGGAGAGUCUGUAGCAGAGCAAGUCAUGAUGGAUGCAGUAUUGCAGUCUGGCUUUGAUGUACCAAAGGCUCUGGACUUAGUAUUUGGGCAGGACAGCAACAGAAGCAAGAAGCCGGUUACCCAAGAUGCUUCCCCUGCUGACAGACCAGGAAAAGGAAAAACAAGGGAACUGCCUUUUCCAGAUGCACAAAUUCUUCCUAAAAUUGCCAAGUUGACAGUCUCUGGAAAUAAGCAAACCAUGGGAUUCGCUGUUCCAAGUACACCAUCUGAACUUAAUGGUCAAAGUGUUACGUCUUGUACAAGAGGCCAAGCUAUGGACGACACUAUGGAAGAAAUUGACAACCAUACUCUAUCUCCUACAUUAUCUAAUGCAUCUCUGAUCUCAGAAGACCUGAAUUCUACUCCAUCACAAGUGAAAAUUAUUGGCAAAUCCAAACAAAAGAUAAAUAUUAAAGAGGAGCUGGAGAAAAGACAAGGAGGAAAGCAGCUACUCAACCUUGUUGUUAUAGGUCAUGUUGAUGCCGGUAAAAGCACUCUCAUGGGACAUUUAUUAUACCUUUUGGGACAUGUAAACAAAAGAACUAUGCACAAAUAUGAACAAGAGUCCAAGAAAGCGGGAAAAGCUUCUUUUGCUUAUGCGUGGGUGCUAGAUGAGACUGGAGAAGAAAGGCAAAGAGGAGUAACUAUGGAUGUAGGCAUGACCAAAUUUGAAACAAAGACUAAAGUUAUUACUCUGAUGGAUGCCCCUGGGCACAAAGAUUUUAUCCCAAACAUGAUUACAGGAGCUGCACAAGCUGACGUGGCCAUUUUGGUUGUAGAUGCCAGUCGUGGGGAGUUUGAAGCAGGCUUUGAAGCUGGUGGACAAACACGUGAACAUGCACUCCUGGUCCGAUCUCUUGGAGUGACUCAGUUAGCAGUGGUAGUCAAUAAAAUGGAUCAGGUGAACUGGCAGGAGGAAAGAUUUCGGGAAGUUACUAGUAAGCUUGGACAUUUCCUUAAGCAAGCUGGUUUUAAGGACAGCGAUGUUUAUUACAUUCCCACUAGUGGUCUAAGUGGUGAAAAUUUGGCAAAAAAGAGCGAAAUAAGCGAACUGACAAGUUGGUACCAAGGACAUUGCCUUAUUGACCAAAUUGAUUCGUUUAAAGCGCCGCAGCGUUCAGUAGACAAACCUUUCAGGUUGUGUGCAUCUGAUGUUUUUAAAGAUCAAGGCUCUGGAUUUUGUAUAACUGGCAAAAUAGAAGCUGGGUAUGUCCAAACUGGAGACCGCUUACUAGUUAUGCCCCCUAAUGAGGCCUGCACAGUAAAAGGAAUCACAUUACAUGAUGAAGCAGUUGACUGGGCCGCUGCCGGAGAUCACGUUAGUCUCACUUUGACCGGCAUGGAUAUCAUCAAAAUCAACGUGGGCUUUGUAUUUUGCAAUCCUAUUGAACCCAUCAGAGCCUGCACACGUUUCCGAGCCAGAGUUCUCAUCUUUAAUUUUGAUGUUCCUAUAACGCGGGGAUUCCCGGUUAUUAUACACUACCAAACUGUGAGUGAGCCUGCCACCAUCAGGAAGCUGAUCAGCGUUCUACACAAGAGCACUGGAGAAGUGGUUAAGAAAAAGCCAAAGUGUCUAACAAAAGGUAUGAAUGCCAUAAUAGAGCUGCAGACACAGAGACCUGUUGCUUUAGAAUUAUACAAAGAAUUUAAAGAACUUGGCAGGUUCAUGCUUCGAUACAGUGGGUCAUCUAUAGCAGCUGGAGUUGUCACAGAGGUUGGUGCAGCAGUCGAUGCUGCCAAAGCUGCAUUCCCCAUCUGGUCUACUUGGAGCGCCCAAGACAGAUCAAGAGUCAUGAACAAGCUAGCAGACCUUAUUGAAAACCACUUGGAGGAGUUUGCACAGGCCGAAUCUAAGGACCAAGGUAAAACUGUUACAUUUGCACGUACUGUGGAUAUACCACGUUCUGCAUACAACUUUCGGUUCUUUGCCUCAUCCAUCCUGCAUCACACCACAGAAUGCACACAGAUGGACCACCUGAAUUGCAUGAAUUACACCGUGCGCACCCCGAUUGGAGUCGCUGGAUUGAUCAGCCCAUGGAACCUACCCCUAUAUUUGUUGACCUGGAAGAUUGCCCCUGCUAUAGCCUGUGGUAAUACAGUUGUGGCAAAGCCGAGUGAGAUGACCUCAGUUACGGCAUGGAUGAUGUGCAGAUUUCUGAGUGAAGCAGGUGUCCCACCAGGAGUUGUUAAUAUAGUGUUUGGUACUGGCCCGAAAGCAGGGGAGGCCCUUGUCUGUCACCCCGAUGUGCCCGUUAUCUCCUUUACUGGAAGUACUGGGACUGCUCAGCGCAUAAUAGAAAAGAGCGCUCCCUAUUGUAAAAAGCUGUCCUUAGAACUAGGAGGAAAGAACCCAGCCAUUGUUUUUGAAGAUGCCAACCUAGACGAAUGUGUGACUACCACUGUAAGGUCAAGUUUUUCUAACCAGGGGGAGAUUUGUCUUUGCACAAGCAGAAUUUAUGUUCAGCGCUCAAUUUAUAAUGAGUUUCUGCAGAAGUUUGUGGAAGCGACAAGAAAAUGGAAGGUGUCUUUUCCCUCUGACCCCACAGCCAGUAUGGGGGCUUUGAUAAGUGAGAUGCAUUUAGCAAAGGUGAGGAACUAUGUCAAGAAGGCUUUGGCAGAAGGUGCUACAAUUAAGUGUGGGGAAAGUGUGGAUACCCUAAACAUCCCACCAAGUAACCGGAGUGGUUAUUUCAUGUUGCCUACGGUUAUCACUGGAUUAAAGGAGGAAUCCUGCUGCAUGCAAGAAGAGAUUUUUGGUCCUGUGACAUGUGUGGUUCCAUUUGAUACAGAAGAAGAAGCCAUUGAAAAGGCUAAUGGUGUAAAAUAUGGCUUAGCUGCAACUAUUUGGACAAGGGAUGUGGCCCGUACCCACCGGGUGGCCAAGAGACUUCAGGCUGGUCUGAUAUGGACCAAUUGCUGGUUAGUGAGGGACCUUAAUUUACCAUUUGGUGGCAUGAAAGCGUCAGGUCUGGGUAGAGAAGGGGCGAAAGAUUCAUAUGAGUUCUUCACUGAAGUGAAAACUGUUACAAUAAAACACUGAUCUGUAGCUUAAAUUUGUUAAAAUAAAAAUAAAAAAAACUCAGAAUG